GGCAGCAUCAUCUCAGGAACACGAUCCAAUCCAAACAAAUCUGGGGCUGAUUAUAACUCUGAACAUUUCCUCUCAUUUCUAGAACCUUCCAUCUCACCAUCCUGCCAACCCGAGCUGCCUUCGAUUCCAAGGCCAGGAGCUGAGAUUUAAGAGCGAGGACGAGGAGGGAAUCGGCAGCAAGGAGAUGAUGAGACCAUGGAUCCGGAUGGGACCGCCUCAGGAAUCUCUGAAGCUGAGGAACACCAGAGUCCUGGGCAGGGAGAAGCCCGCGAGGAUCACAGCGGGUUGGAAGAGCAGGCAGAUGGCGAUCCUGAUGCUGUCAGGGGAAGUUUAAAUGUCCAGGAUGGCACCCAGCCAGGGGAGGAGCCAGCCACAUGGGCUGAGCCAGGGAGAGGCCACAGUGGGAGCUCAGAACAUAGGGCCCAGGAAAGAACCCAGCUGCGGCAGAAGCCCCACUGCUGCCCUGACUGCGGGAAGGCAUUCAGCUGGAGCUCCCACCUCAUUCAGCACCAGCGGGUUCACACAGGGCAGAGGCCCUACAAAUGUCCUGACUGCGGGAAGGGCUUCACCCAGAGCUCAGACCUCAUUACCCACCAGAGAACUCACACAGGCGAAAAACCCCACCGCUGCCACCAGUGUGGAAAGGGCUUCAGAGUCAGCUCGGGGCUGGCCCGGCACCGGCGGGUCCACACUGGGGAGCGCCCCUACAAGUGCCCUGAGUGUGGGAAGAGCUUUGGUCGCAGUUCCAACCUGCUGACCCACCAGCGCAUGCACACAGGGGAGCGCCCGUACCAGUGUGGGGAAUGCGGGCAGUGCUUCAGCCUCAGCUCCACCCUUGCCAAGCACCGGCGGCUGCACACAGGGGAGCGCCCCUACACCUGUGCCGACUGUGGGCAGUGCUUCAGCCUGGGCUCCACCCUGGCACUGCACCGGCGCAGCCUGCACACGGGUGAGCGCCCCUACCAGUGCACUGACUGCGGCAAGCGCUUCAGCCGUAGCUCCAACCUGGCCACGCACCGCCGCAGCCUGCACACAAAUGACCGGCCCUACAGCUGUGCUGAGUGCGGCAAAGGAUUUGGUCGCAGCUCAGACUUGCUGGCCCACCAGCGCAGCCACUCCGAGGAGCGGCCCUACCGCUGUGCUCAGUGUGGCAAGGGGUUCGGCCGCCGCUCCAAUCUCCUGGCGCAUCAGCGCAGCCACACCGGGGAGCGGCCCUACCCGUGUGGGGAGUGUGGGAGGUGCUUCAGCCGGCGCUCCGACCUCGUCAGCCACUGCAGGACCCACACCGGGGAGCGGCCCUACCUGUGCGCCCAGUGCCCCAAGAGCUUUGGGCAGAGCGCCGACCUGCUAACCCACCAGCGCACCCACACUGGGGAGCGACCCUACCGCUGCCACCAAUGUGGCCAGAGCUUCAGCCUCAGCUCCAACCUCCUGGCCCACCGCAGGGUCCACACCGGGGAGAGGCCCUACCACUGUGCCCAGUGUGGGAGGGGAUUCACCCGCAGCGGCAACCUCCUGGCACAUCAGCGGCGGCAGCACGCCGUGGGAGAGACCACCUGAUGGCACAGAACAUGUGCAGGGAGAUAGAGCCCACCUGAGGGCACAGUCCAUGUGUGGGGAGAGUCCACCUGCCAGCACAGAACAUGCACGGGGGAGAGUGACCACCUGAGGGCACA